CAAAGUUGGCUAGUUCUUGGAGUGAACACAGAUCAGGAUGCGGUUCAUCGGUUGUACUUUCUUCGGUGUCUGUUGCCUGGCGGCUUUUCCCCCUGCCACACCCGCUUUUUUGGCUCCGAUCCGGUCGUAUGGUCAGAAUGGAACCCUCGCUCUGCAGAACAACUUUGCCUUGGAGCUGAAGGCGGUGAUCCGACAGAUACCGGUGGACAACAUCGAGAAGCUGGUGCAGACCUACCUCCUCAACGACAUCGAGUUCCAGGGUGUGAUCAGGGCCAUCAACUCCCUGCCCGCCUAUCGAUUCUACCGGCAGUUGAUCAACCAACCCGAAGUGCGCCAACUGCAGCAGUGGGUCACGCAGCAGUUGAUCCUGUCCGGCGGUGGACCCAAGAUCUUUGAGUACCUAGAACUGGAGAUCAAGAUCUUCAACAAGUAUCCCUACUGGUCGCAGAUCGUAAGUGGAAUCCAGGGAUUCCAGGCGGAGUUCGUGCAGAUCUACCCAGUGCAACUGAUCCGAUCCCUUCUGGAACCCAGUGCCACCCAAACCAGUCCUCUUCUCUCGGAACUCUGGCGUCGUCUGGUGGCCUUGCGCCCAGUUUACGAAAGAGUUUUGGCCACUCCACCCGGCAAGGUCAUCACCGCUGAACUCCAGAGACUGGGCGUGGAUGUGGGUGGUGUGGACGCCCUUAUCCGUUAUCAGUUCGGUUGGAGCAACGUCACCUUUCCGAGCUACGAUUACACGGAUUACCUGUACUAGAGGUUCAAUGUGGAACUGGGUAUCAAUAGAUUAUCCCUAUAUCAUAUUAAGAUAUUAAUGUGAUAAUUAUAUAUUAUAUAAUAUUAUUGUUGUAGGUGUGGCAAUUCUGGUCCAGUAUAUUUAACAUUACUUAACAAGCAUAUAGCGAUUGAAAAUACAUGCCCGAAGGCGUGAAGAACAUAA